CUACUCAAUCAUGGUCUUGAACCAAAUGCCAGAGACCAGUGGGGUGUAACGCCUUUGUUUUGGGCUGCGAAUAAUGGACACAGCGCGGUGGUGAAGCUGCUUCUCGAACGCCAAGUUGACGUGGAUUCCUGUAAUCCAGAUGGCCGCACACCACUAUUCCGGGCCGCGUAUAACGGUUUGGAGAGCGUGGUGAGACUGCUGCUUGAGAAAGGGGCUGACCCAACUUUUGAAGACAGAUGGGGCGAGUCACCGCAACAUUGGGCUGUGCGUAAUGGCCAUAGGAAGGUGAUGAGUUUACUUUGCGAGUGA